AUGGCGCACGCCGAUUCCGAGGAUCGGCGCGGCAUUGCGCUCGGCAGAGCGCCGCAAACGAAACACCUACCCCGAGCUCAGCGGCCCGGGCCCCGCGAACUCGGAGGCGCGCAGCUUCCUGCCCACCCGUGUGCGCCUCCGGAGUCCCCGCGCACCAGCUGCUUUGCGCCCGAGCUCAGCCAACGGGUGGGCACGGCGUUGGUUGGGCCUGUUGGCCGUGGCCUGGCCCACAACCGCGACUGGGGCCGCCAGGGACCCGCCGUUGGAGCGAGUCCUCGACCUGGCCGACUGCGCGGGGCCAGCCAUAGAAUCCGGGAGAUAACAUACUUGAUUGUUGAUAUGCGCGCCCUGCCAAAGAGUGAACGUACCCCGAGCUUCUUCGCACGCUGCCGCGUGCGUUCCGCACCACCUUUGCUGGCGCGUGUGCCGCUGCCUGUGUCCAGCGGUGGUCGGCUGACCAUCAACACUGAUUUUUGGCUGCUUGUUCGGCGCCGUGUGCCUGGGCUGCGUCUUCAACGCCACCCGUCUGUUGAUACGUUUUUGCGACGCGAUCUCAUCCCCACGUUGGAUGCAAAAUUGGCCCAGCUUGAUUGCUUCGAGCAUGGGUGGGUCGGUGAUCCUGCACUCGAUCCAUCUGAGCGCGGCCUCGUCGUGCUGGGCGUGCCCAUUGGGUCGCCCGACUUCGUUCGCAGACACCUUCGCUUCACCCUCGAGCGUCAGGCAUCCUUGCUGGACCAGCUCCCUGCAUUGGAGGAUGCCCAGGUCGCAUGGCUAUUGUUGUCCUUCUGCGCUGCACCGCGCAUGCAAUAUGCUCUGCGCACAGUGCCGCCCCUUCUCACCGAAGAGUUUGCAGCUGGUCACGUGCCGACUCUGACUCCCUGCCACCUCUCGCUGCUGCUAGGGCUCAGCUUGCGCUCCGGCACGGCGGCCUGGGUCUAUUGGGCUUCUUGGGCAGACAGCCUCCAGCUUUUUGCACGCCGUGAGCCCGCCUUUGCUGAACGCCUGUCGGCGUCUUUGGCGGGCAGCGACUCGCUACCACUUGCCCUGGACUCCCUUCGCCUGGCCGGCCACUCCUUGUCCGCCGCAAGUUUUGAGUUGCCCACAUGGCAAGACUUGUCGCGCAUGCCUCCCCCCCAACAGCAUGAUGAUGACCCGGGCGCCGACGUCACUCGUGGAUGGCAGCGGUCAGCGUCCCGAGCUCUCGACGACUUCGGUGACCGGGCCCUCCGUCGCGAGCUCGACCCAACAUCGGCCGCCAUGCUUGAUUCCCGAGCUGGCCCAUAUGGAGCUCUGCCUCCCGUCGCCCCUUUUUAG